UCCCUCACGCACCGCGCCGCCACUGUCUUCUCUGGCUCUGGGACGUCCAGGUCGUGCAGGUGCUCACCCCCGGGCUGGCCGCGUCGGCGCCCAAGCUCAGGCCGGCCGGAUCACCACAGUAUCGACAGAGAUCAACAUGGAGCUGAGUCCAAUCAGCGCUUCGUUGGGCGCCAUGGGCUCCCUUCCGCGCAAGCUCGACGAGCUCCUUGCGACCAAACACCGGGCUCUGCGGGGGGUUCUGAUGGAUGAUAUCGAUCAACUCAGGGCUCAUCUUUGCAUCCUAUACAACUUCAUGCUGAAGCUCUCUGAUGCGCCGCAGGACCCUCCUAUGUCUGUGAGGUACUGGAUGAAGGAUGUGCGCGAGCUAUCCUAUGACAUGGAGGACUUUGCCGACCAAUUCGUCCAUGCUCAUGGCCGUGCCAAGAUCCCUAGAGCUAAUCACCGCAAAAAUAAAACCCGUUCUCGGGUAAAGAUUGACCGCCUUCCAAAGAGGCACAAGUGGCGACCUGGGAUCACCCACAAAAUUUCAGAAUUCAGGUCUCGAGCAUAUGAGGCGAUUCAGCGCUACUGGAGGUACAAGUUUGAUGAUUGCGCCCCCAAUCCUAGGUACUCACCUAUUGGCCAUGGCCGUCCAACUAUUUUGCCACAUCCUGAUGACCUUGUUGGCAUAGAAGGACCAUCAAAUGAGCUCGAGCGGUGGUUGAUCAAUGGAGAGGAGCAGCUCAAGGUGGUGUCCAUUGUCGGUGGUGCAGGAAUCGGUAAGACCACUCUUGCCUUGAAGUUGUGGGGUACACUCCGUGGACAAUUCGAGUGUGGGGCAUUUGUUCGGACAGCACAAAAGCCCGAUAUGAGAGGUAUUCUCAGGAACAUACUCUUGCAAGUUUGACCGCACCAAUCUCCCAACCAUGGUGAGAUGCGCCACCUAAUUAACGACCUCAGAGAGUAUCUACAAGACAAGAGGUACUUUCUUAUAAUUGAUGAUUUAUGGGCUACCUCGGUAUGGGAUGUGGUUAGUCGCGCAUUUCCAAAGGGUGGUUGCAGCAGAAUAAUAACUACGACAGAGAUUAUGGAAGUAGCUCUCGCAUGCUGUUGUUUUUGCCCUGAGCACAUUUUUAAAAUGGAACCUCUUAGUGAUAAUGACUCAGAGAAAUUACUGCUCCAAAGAAUCCUUGUCUCAGGAAAUCAAAGUCCGCAACAGUUUGAAGAUGUUAUACCUCAGAUUAUUAGAAGUUAUGGUGGCUUGCCAUUAGCAAUCAUCAUUGUAGCCAGAAUUUUAGCAAGCCAACCUGAGAAACUAGACCAAUGGGGCAGUGCACAGAAUUCUUUUCAUUCCAUUUUUGGGACAAAUCCUAACAAGGAAGGGUUUAUGGGACAAAUAUUGGACAUUUAUUUCAAUAGUCUUCCACAUUAUUUGAAGACAUGUCUGCUCUAUCUUAGUACAUAUCCAGAGGGCUACCUAUUCUCAAAAAAUGAUUUGAUGAAGCAAUGGGUAGCUGAGGGUUUAAUAUGUGCAAACAAAGGUGAAGACAUGGAGGAAGUUGCCGGGAGCUAUUUUGGUGAGCUUGUCAGUAUGGGCCUGAUCCAAGUUAUGGAUAUCACCAAUGAUUUUGAGUUCUUGUCUUAUUCAGUACACCAGCUGGUACUUGAUCUCAUUACAUACAAGUCCAUUGAAGAUAACUUCAUCACUAUGGUGGAUUAUUCGCAAACAACAACACCACUUACUGAUAAAAUUCGUCGAUUGUCGCUACACUUUGGUAGUGCAGCAUAUGCAACUACACCAGCAAGUACCAGAUUAUCACAAGCACGAUCACUCUUCUUUUCUGGACUGUUUACUAGCAUGCCUUUAUUCAUAUUUUUUAAGCUUCUUCGAGUCCUAAUCCUUCAUAUUUGGGAUGAUACUGGAGCCAAGAUGUUGAACGUUACAGGAAUUUGUGAACUUUUUUGGCUGAGAUAUUUGCAGGUCACAUGUAAUGUCACUGUAAAGCUACCAGAUAAGAUUGAAGCAAUGAAACACCUGGAGACACUGGAAAUAAAUGCAAGAAUACUUGAUGUUCCACCGGAUAUUGUUAGACUUUCGAGCUUGUUGCAUCUCUGCCUCCGAGGUGCAAAUCUACCUAAUGGUAUUGGGUGCAUCAGAUCUCUACGUACGCUCAUGUAUUUUGACAUUGGCAAUAGCUCCGAAGACAACCUAUGGGGCCUUGGUGAGCUGACAAACCUGCAGGAUCUUCAUCUCACUUAUUCUUCAUCACCCUCUAGUGAACAUUUGAAGAGAAAUCUGGUAGCUUUGGCCUCUUCACUUCGGAAACUUUGCAACCUCAAAUCGUUCACUCUUGCUCCUGGUAUUGCUGGAACUGUUGUUCUUUUUGAUGGCUCAAGCAGCAUGCCUACUCCCAUGUUUCUAGAGAAACUUGAGUUGUUGCCGCCCAUUUGCAUCUUUUCUAGACUUCCCAGGUGGAUCGGACAACUCCACAAAACCUGCAUUAUGAAAGUUGCUGUCAGAGAAUUGCCGACAAUUGAUAUUGCCAUCCUUGCCGGAUUACCUUCCCUCACAGUUCUCUCACUAUCUGUUCAUGCAGCUCCUGAGGGAAGGGUCGUCUUCAACGAUAGGGAAUUCCCAGUUCUCAAGUAUUUUAAGUUUAGAUGUGGUGUACUUUGCAUGCAUUUUAUGCCAGGAGCCAUGCCCAAUCUGCAAAGACUCAAGUUAGGUUUCAACACACAUAUUGGGGAGAAGUAUGACAAUAUGCUUGCUGGAAUUGAGCACCUCUUAAACCUCCACGACAUUGCUGGGAAAAUAGGAGCUACCACCGAGUCUGAAUGGAGUGCUGCAGAGUCAGCAAUCAACAAUGCCAUAAACAAGCAUCCAAGGUUUCCUAGACGUAACUUACAAUGGGUGGAUCCAGUCGAGGAAAAAUGUUGUCCUUCGGAAAAACAUCAUUUGAGACAAGAAAAAGGCACAGUAGGUGAAAAACAUGGGGUUCUAGAGAAAGCGAUUGAUAUGAACAAACAUGCGGACACUGGGUUGUCUCAACCUCCCAAUCUGCCAUCAAAUGUCGCUUCAGGUCGCCUGAAAUCAGGUAGUUUAGUUGACGAAUUACAAGAGUUUUCAGCACCAUCAUUGCCCUGUAAGGUAAGUUGCCCCCUUUGCAAAGAAACCUUACAACGGGAAAUAUUGGAUCUUCAUAAAAGUGAACAGUGCACACAGAGGUUGCUUGUAUGUCAAUAUUGUGAGUACCAAUUGCCUGCAAUUGAACUUCAUGAACAUCAGGCUGUAUGUGUACUUGCAACAGUGUUUUGUGAAACAUGCAAGAAGAAUAUUAGAUAUCGUGAGUGGUUAGGCCACGAAAUGCAGUGUUACGACUCAAAUGAUUCUGCAGAAUUAUCAAGAUUGCCUCAGCUGCCCGAUCUGCCAUCAACUGUGGCUUCAGGUCGCCUGGAGUCAGGUAUGGUUCUUCAGGAAUCAAAAAAUGAGUCGUCAUCAGCACCAUCAUGGCCCCUCAAGGUUUGGCGCUCUGCGGAACAGGAGAGGUGGAUGCCGUUGCCGUAUGGGGGAGAAGCCGACAGUUCUGCUGUCACAGAGUGUAGGCACGCCCACAAGCUCAUCUUGAAGAUUCUCGGGGCGGCGGUGACGGCCCGCCAGAACAGGCUCGAGUGUGAGAACCUCGCACAGUGCCUGCACGAAAUCAACGCCUUGUUCCCUGACCUGCGGCUGGACCGGGAGAUGGCGCAACCGCUGGCCAAGCUCAACCACAGGCUCAUGGAGGCGCAUGAGCUCGUUGUCGCUUGCCAGAGCUGGAAGUUCAUCUUUGCCCGCGGCGUGAAUGCGGAGCGGCUCAGGGACGUCAAGCGCAGGAUCCUUGAGUUCCACAUGUUUGUCAAGGAGAAGGAGCGCCUCUGGGCGAAAGAGAACACGAGAUGAAGCGCCUCUUCUCUUCUGCCAUCAUCAAAUAAGAACGCGAGGCCUGAAGCGCCUCUUCUGCAGGUGUUGGGUCCCAGGUAGGCGCGACGUGUGUUGUUUACUGAGUUAAUUAAAUGCACCGUUUGUACAACAACUUGUCACCAGGCGGCAAAAUU